UUGCACAUACAAUGGAUCAUGGAAUAUUUAUGUACAUUUUUCAUUUUUUUAAAUCAUUAUUUGAUCUAAUUCAUUAAUUGAUCUUAAACCAAAUGCAAACUAUACUCAACAGAUAAACAACCUGUUGAAAAAUGAGUGUGCUGCUUGCUAACAUUUUUGGAUAUACGUUUACAGCUGCUGUAAUAUUAAUGGGACAAUGUGUGUUGCAAGCCUCAUCAACCUCCUCAUCCCUGAGUGGGAAAAGCCCACAUGGCAAUUUUAUCUGGUUUGACUCUGCCAGUGACAAAGUGAUAGAUGGCUCAGCGAUCAGUGUGAAGUAUCAAUGUUCCAGGCCAUGUCAGCUUGCAGUGGAAGCGAUGAUAUCCAUACCACAAGGAACAGAGGUGGUGGUUUUUAGGAGGAAAUGGAUCAGCAGCAAACCCCCCAGAGUCCCCUGCACCCGCCUGGUGCUGCUCAGGCUCCCUCGAGCCGUUAAAUAUCAACGUGACUUUUUCAACAGGCACAUUAUUGAGGCCCAGAAUGUGACAAUUCAUGCUUGGCUAGAGCGUCUUAAAGAUGGCUAUGAACGCAGAACCUACCGUGGCUCUUUGGUGAGGAUCCAUAAAGUGCUACGGAUUGUGCCACUGUCUGCAAGUCUGACUAAACCUCCCACUCAGUGCCCUUCGUGGCCUGCUGAACUGAUGUGGCAGUUGACCAGGAAUAAAAUCUAUCAGUGUCCACAUGAGUCAGAAACAAUUGAUAUGCUAAAGUUCCCUCUGGCAAGCACCGGGGAACACUUUGGAGUGGUCCGAAAGUUCCAGCCUUUCAUCAACAAAAACCUGGAGAGAGUCCGUCUCCAUGCUGUGACACGUCCCAGCAUCACCUUAUCUGUGUGGAUCUACCUGCUCAAGUGGUGUCACAGGGACCUCUGUGGGAUCAUCCAUCAUGUUGACAGUCAAAAUUUAUAUGACACCCUCCUGAUGCAGCUUACAGACACAGGGGAUGUCAUUAUUCAGGCACGUUUGACAACUGGAAGAGAUGAAGCUUUCCGAUCCCAUGUGGCGCUGCCCCUCUGGAAAUGGAUUAGAUUAGACUGUUACAUACAGGACUCCAAGGUGAUGCUGGAUACAACAUGGGAUAAUGAAACUCGCAGACACACAUAUGAAUUUCAAAGCAGCAUCCACUAUGAGGACACCAGUGGAUAUUUUGCAAUUGGAGGAAGCAGAUACUUGCCUGGCAUCCAUGGCUAUUUUGGGAAUGUCAAAUACUAUCGUUUUGGAACUGAGAAGGUGAAAAAUCCACUUUCCCCAAAGACGACUUUAGAGGAUCUGGAUAAGACUCAUCUUGAGUGUCAAGAAAUAAAACGCUUUACAGCAGCUUUUCUGCAGGGAGUGACUGGAAGUCGCAUAACCUUAAACAAAGGUUUCUGCAAUCCUCACUUCAAACCCUUCAGGGGCCAAUUCAAAGAGAAUAUCUGCAGACAGACAUGGACCUGGGAGACACAACUUAAGUACAGUGCACUUUUCCACUUUUUGCAAACAAAAGAAGAGGACCUAAGAGCAGGAUCAUCGAGUAUGAACAACCUUCGCCACAUCAGGAGGAGUUUGUUUGAGCAGGCAGUCGGUCAAAUGUUCAAUAUGGAUCUGAGAGAGAUCCGCCUCACAUCCUCAAAAAUGGCUCUGCUGCAGGCGUCCUCAUGCCUUGGAAAUCACCAAGCAUCUCUCUUGCUAGCCACAAUCCACCUGGCUGGCCUGGGGCGCUCAGUGGACCAACAAAAGGGUCAUGUUUACAGUUUGAUCGGUGCAUUGGGUGAUAAUCGUUUGGCCCUCAUGCAUAUAGGGUACAAGCACACACAAGGAAUCGAUCAGUUUCCGAAAGACUUUGACAUGGCUUGUAGCUACUAUUCCAACGUGGGCGUGCAGAGCAUUAUCGAUCGUGGGAAUAUGCAGGAAAAACAGCAGUACCAGCCUGAACACAUCUAUCUGAGCAACAAGGAGGAUUUAAACAACAUGAUCCAUGAGACAAGUGACGCCUUUUACUUUCUGAAAUAUAAAGCAGAGAGUGGAGAUACAGAAUCUCAAAAAAACCUUGGGAGGAUUCUUUUCUGGGGACAAAAUGGAGCCACAAAAGACAUGGCAAGUGGAGUCAAGUGGUUAAGAAGGAGUGCCAUACAGAUGAAGGAUCCCUCGGCCAUGUAUGACUACUCUGUUCUGUUGAUGAAGGGCCAUGGAGUAACAAAAAACACCAGCCUUGGUCUUCAGUUGCUUAAGAAAGCUGCAGCAAUGGGGUCAGUUCAUGCCUUGAAUGGCUUAGGAUGGUAUCACAGCGCUAUACUGAAAGACCACAAAACUGCAGUGAAAUAUUUUGAGCGAGCUGCACUCAAUGGGAGUGAUGAUGGCAUGUAUAACCUGGGGAUUUACCACCUCAGUGGGGACAACCCCGACAGCCCGCGGAGAAAUGAGACGGCUGCAUUCCAGCAGUUUCUAAAUGCAUCCAGCUUUGGUCAUGUAGCUGCAUCAGUGGAGGCGGCUUGGUACCUGUCGACAGGAAGCCUGGAAGGGGUGUCUCAGGAUGUGGAAAGAGCUGUGAUGUUGCUAAAAAAUACCUGUGAACAGAACGGACACCUUGGAUACAUGACCAGAGUGGCUCUCCAAGCCUACCUCCAGGGUUCUUGGAGUGACGCUCUUAUGAAGUAUGUUUUGGCAGCUGAAACUGGUUUGGGUUUUGCCCAGAUCAAUGUUGCUCACCUGUGUGAGGAGCUGAACCUUGGUAAUGAUUGUCACUGGAGAUAUUAUAACUAUUCCACAUUUAACUAUGAUCCCCAUCCGUCUGGUCUACUGAAAAUGGGAGACUACUUCUACAAUUCCUGCAGCAACCAGGAAGACUCAUUAUCCUUGGUUGGCCGGGCCAUAUCGAUGUACAGCAGAGCAGCUCUCGCAGGCAGUCCUCAGGGAAUGUACAACUUAGUUGUUUUGGCACAACAAGGGCAUGUUCCUCCAUUAAGCAUCCAAGGCUUGUUAAAUGUGUCUCAUCAAGAUGAGCUGGACAUUUUGGUGGAGAAGAUGUUACAAAGAUGUGUAGAGAUUGAAGAUGAGGAAGCUGUAACGCCAUGCUCUUUAGCUCUGCUCAGAGUCCAGAUGGGAAAAGCCUUGAGGAAAAUGACUCACAACAGUGCACAGCUCUUGUUGGUAUAUGCAUCUUUUAUUGGUUUCUUCAUCAUAAUCAUUAUUGUGCCAAUGCAAAUCUGCCUUGGCCAAAGGAAUCUCAGUCACCAUGCAGUGCAGCUGAGGACAAGGAUGUCAGCUGUCAAUCAAACUCCAGUCAACUGGAAUAGAGCACAAGAUGGCAUCAUGGGAAGACAGGGUGCCGUCUCUAGAACUCACAGAGUGGCUGAGGUUCUCUGGCUUACCAUUGUGAAUGGUGAACAGUGGCUCAGGCAGACCGGUGAUUUGGCUGUGACUGUGUCAGGUGUGUGUCUGUGUGCUUUCUGGACCACACUACUCUAUCAUCUCUUAUGACACACAAUACACAGCACAGUGAUCCAAUAGCCACAGCAAAGCUCCAGACACUACAUAAGAGCUCACAUGUAGUGGACGGGUUACAAAGUUAUUCAUAUGACACAUCUGUAUCUCAGAGGAAUCUGACUCACUUUGACUUUGGGGUGAUGACAUAAGAAAAGUGCCAAUAGGAAUGUGUGUGCACUAUUUUAUCAAGCAGUUGAUAAUGAUUUCAUCACUCACUAUUAUUCCAUUGUUUGUUUCCAUUGUGCAAAAUGCUUAUCAUGCGGCUCCUUUUAUUAAUACCUUGUCUGAUCUAUAUGAUAUAUUCUCCUGUGGGGGGAGUACCACGUGAAGACAAUGGAACCUCUAUUGUGCAACAUGUGCACUGGAAGUCUUAACUUAAUAUCACCAAUUAAUUGCUUGAGACAUUUUUUUUUUUUUGGUAGGACUUUCCUUUAUGACAAUAGCUUUAAAAUUGCAAUGCCUUGGCAACUGCUUCGACACAAAAGGCUCAACCAGAUCCUGAUGGAUUAUGGGAGAUAUUGGACAGGAACAGUGUUCUAAUAGGUCAGCUAUUAAGGCUUGUUCCUGGCCCUAUCAGUGUCAUGUUGAUGAUAAGUGUCUAUCCGGAGACUGGACAUGCAACAACAGCACACAUGGCUCCUCCUAAACAUUUUGUCCAAGGCCAGUGCACUGGUGUUUUAGUAGUUACUGAUUUAGUCCCUGACUGGGCAGAUUCAUCAGUCCUGGUCGAUACAUAAGAUAAGGCAACGAGGCAACACAGUUUGUCUUACCCAUCACUAAGGGAGGUGACAACAGGAAACUGGGCUUUAAAGCUGAGUUACCAUAGCAAUGUAGGAGACUACCUGCCCUAACACACCUUUAGACCACUUCCUGGAGUUGAAGCCAGAAGGAGGGGGCUUUUAUUGUGGUGUUGGUGUUACAGUUCUACAAAGAUCAUACAUUGAUAGAGGCUUUUUUUUCUGUGACAAACAAUCUUGAAGAGGCUGUGUUAUUCUGUUAAGUGUUAUUUACAGCUCUAGAUGACUGUUGUCAUGACGUGGAGUUUAUAGCAACGUGUGUUGUUGCCUGGGCUUCAUGGAGCUGUCAUUAGUUAAAUAAGGAGUUUCAGAGUGUAAACAGCAGUAUUUGGAGCUCCCUCAGUUUAGAGUGACAACGUCUAUGUAAUUUGGGAAUGGAAUAAUGAUCUGCCUCUUCCUUGUUCUAUCCUUGUCCUUGUCCUCUUUCUCUACUGUCUUUUCCCAGUUAGAGGGAGAGGUCAUCAAAUCUAAAAAUUGCUCAGUGUAUCAGAUAUUCACUAUAGUGUUCGCAGUACCUGCUUGCUGUUUUUGUUUAUGUGUAAAUUUAUUUUUAUUUAUUUAUUUUUUUAAAUAAAGAAACAUUUUUGGGAGGCAUGUCUGCUUUAUUAGAGAGACACGGUGGAGAGAGACAGGACAGACAGGGCAGAGAUGGGGGAGGACAUGCAGCCACUUACUCCUUAGGCUGAAUUAGCCUAAGGAGUAAGUGGUACGCGCCCUACUGGUGGGCACCUCUCUGCUGAAUUUUUAUUAGCCUGUAAGCCCACCUGGCUUACAUUUUGGAAAUAAAUAUCCCAAAAAAAGUACAUCAGCUAAAUACACUGAAAUGUUUUAGAAAAGACAUGAAUCUCUGUAGUUAAUAAGAAAUAUCCCUCUGUAGACCACCAUGAUGAAUUUGUCUUUUAAGAUGUAACUUUUACCUUUUUCCUUUCUGCCAGACUGAGGUGACGCCCAAGUAUGAUAGUCAAUUAGACUGGCUGUGGUGUGCUGGUGUCUCAAAAGCAACCUUGCUUGCUUUAGAGACGCCAGCACACUUCGGGGAAAACAAAUUGCACUACCGUAAACCAAAAGCAAACACUGCCAAAUGUUUUGGCUCCAAAGCACUGUUCUGCCACUGAGACGUUUCAGUCAUCCCAUCAACAAGAAGCAUUAGUUAUUAGGGGUGUUUUUGCCAUUUUAAAUGUUUUAGUAAUUCAUUUCUUUAAUUUUUAUGAGGUUAGCUGGCUGUUCAUGCCUCCGAUGCAGUGCUAAGUUAUUAAUAGAUCCUCUAGAUUUAAAUUGGAUUGUUUAAUGGGUUGAUAACAUAUUGAUGGAUGUGACCUUGAAUUUAUGUACUCUGUUUGAGUUAAUUGCUAAUGGACACCUGACCAGUAUUACUGCAAAGUGACAGAGCCUCAUAUUUGAUUUAUUGCCUUCACACUGUUGGUUCUUAUUCAGUGGAGUAUAAACUCUCAUUGAACUCUCUGCCCUGUUUGAGUAACAGGGUGGGAUCAAAACUUUGACCGCUGGUGCAUUCUUGUCAAGAAUAAAUCUGUA